AUGUCUGGAUAUCCUGGUGGCCAGGACGGCUACUAUCAUGACGACCACGGCCGUCGGGCCGGUGAUCAUGAUCCGCAGUAUGACGAUGCCCAUUACGGCCAGGGGAACAAUACUCAUGCCCAACACCACGGCUCUGACGGUUACUACAACGCGGAGCCCAGUAACCCAUAUCAUCUCGAUGGCGGUUAUUACAACACCCACGACCAAUGGGAAGCGGAUUAUGACAACGACCACUACGGCAACAAUACGUACGAUCAGUACCAUGACGAGCCGUACGGUAAUCAUCGGGGUGCGGGAGACCGCGGGGAAACCUUCAGCGAUUUUGCGGAGGGGUAUCACGGCCCGGCGGACGACUACUACAGCAGCUAUGGAGAUGGCGAGCGAGAUUACCGACCCUCUUCCGCCUGGGAUGGUUAUACCGACAACCAAUCGUCGCGUCAUUCGGCUGGCAGCCACUAUGGCCCCGCUCAGCCUCUUGAGCAGCGCUCGCGAGAGCCAUACCCUGCGUGGUCGUCCGACGCCAAUAUCCCGUUGUCAAAGGAGGAAAUUGAAGACAUCUUCAUGGAUCUGACCGCCAAGUUCGGGUUUCAGCGCGACAGCAUGCGGAACAUGUAUGAUCAUUUCAUGACACUCCUUGAUUCAAGAGCGUCGCGCAUGCCCCCAAACCAGGCCCUCCUCACCCUUCACGCUGAUUACAUCGGCGGGGACAACGCAAACUAUCGGAAGUGGUAUUUCGCCGCCCAGAUGGAUCUCGAGAACGUCACCGGAUUGUCAAAUGCGCAGACCCAGAAGUCACGACGCAAGAACAAGGGAAAGAAGAAGAAUAAGAGUGGCGGCGAUCCCGAGAACAAUCCUGACAUUCUCGAGGGGCUCGAAGAUGACUAUACCCUUGAAGCCUCCGAACAACGAUGGCUGGCUCGCAUGAACCGCAUGUCACAGCACGACCGCGCACGUCAGGUUGCUCUCUAUCUCUUGUGCUGGGGUGAAGCAAAUCAAGUCCGGUUUAUGCCCGAGUGCCUCUGUUUUAUCUUCAAGUGCGCGGAUGACUACUUCAACUCGCCCGCUUGUCAGGCCAAGGUGGAACCUGAGGACGAAUUCGCCUUUCUCAACAACGUUAUCACGCCGUUAUAUCAGUACUGUCGCGACCAGGGUUAUGAGAUUCUCAACGGCGUUUACGUUCGCCGCGAACGGGAUCACAAGAACAUCAUUGGCUAUGACGACUGCAAUCAGCUAUUUUGGUACCCCGAAGGCAUUGAUCGUCUUGUUCUUGAAGACAAGACGAAGCUCGUUGACGUACCGCCUGCUGAGCGCUACCUCAAACUGAAUCAGGUCAACUGGAAGAAGUCUUUCUUUAAGACUUAUAAGGAAACGCGUUCCUGGUUUCACCUUCUCGUCAACUUCAAUCGCAUUUGGAUCAUUCACAUUACAAUGUUCUGGUUCUACACUGCGCACAACGCCCCAACUUUACUGCUCGGGUCAAAAUACGAACAGCAGGUUGAUAAUCAGCCGCGAGGGUCUCAGCAAUUUGCAAUUGUUGGGUUCGGAGGAGGUCUGGCGACUCUCAUCCAAAUCCUUGCAACGAUUGCCGAGUGGACCUAUGUUCCGCGCCGAUGGGCCGGGGCGCAGCAUCUCACGAAACGAUUGCUCUUUCUCAUCGUCAUAUUCAUCCUCAACGUCGGACCUGGCGUCAAAGUCUUUAUGAAACCCACACCUGUCAAGGACGGCGGUGUGGACGUCGACCUCAUUGUCGGCAUUGUCCACUUCAUUAUUGCUCUUCUGACGUUUCUCUUCUUCGCCGUCAUGCCCCUAGGGGGCCUGUUUGGGAGCUAUUUGUCGACCAAGUCGAGGCGCUACGUUGCGAGCCAGACUUUCACCGCGAGUUGGCCGAAGCUUUCCGGGAAUGGCAUGGCCAUGUCCUUUGGACUAUGGGUUGCAAUCUUUGGCUUGAAGCUAGGGGUCUCAUAUAAGUCCCUGACGCUUUCGUUCAGAGAUGUUAUCCGCUACCUCUCCAUCUUCCAUCCGGUAUGCCAAGGCGAGAAUAUCAUUGGCAAAUCCCUCUGCGAAUACCACCCCGUCAUUUUACUGUCUCUCAUGGCCCUGACCGAUUUAUUCUUCUUCUUCCUGGAUACCUAUCUAUUCUACGUUCUCUUCAACACUUUAUUUUCGGUUGUGUAA